CCUCAUUUUUUCAGAGAGAGAGAGAGUGAGAGAGAUGUUUCGGAGCGGUAGAUUGAUUUCCCAUCUUCGAAAGAAUAAAACCCUAACUGAGUCCUUCUUCUCUCAUCUCAAUCGAUCCUCCUCCCCCUCCUCGUCUUCUUCUUCAAUUUCUAGGGCUUCAAAUGAAUCUCUCUCCAGAUUCUUCGCUUCGAAAUCCUCCACCAAUUCCUUUGCCGGAUGGAACGCUUUCCGCACCUUCAGAUCCGUACAAAAGGGUUUAUCUGGUCCAUCUUCAAGGAAUAUGUCCACAACCACUGCAUCCCUCUUGGCAUCCAAAAAGGCAGAUGCUACAAAUGCAGGAUUGAAAUUGCUGGUUACAGAAGGACCUUAUGCUCAGAAAGUGGUUGGAAUAUGGCUGUUUGGUUGCGCUGCCUGGGUAUUUAGUAUGGUAGUUCUUGGUGGUGUUACACGUCUAACCCGGUCUGGUCUGUCUAUGACCGAUUGGAAAUUUACAGGUAGUCUCCCCCCUCUAUCAGAGGAACAGUGGCAUCUUGAAUUUGAGAAAUAUCAGCAGUCCCCAGAGUACAAGCGAGUAAACAAAGGAAUGAGUAUUGAAGAUUUUAAAUUUAUCUAUUGGAUGGAAUAUGCACAUCGAAUGUGGGGAAGGGGACUGGGUCUCGUGUUUGCACUGCCGUAUUCAUAUUUUCUUUGGAAAGGUUAUAUUACCCGCCAACUUGGGCUGAGACUAUCUGCUCUUUUUGCACUUGGUGCUGGGCAGGGACUAAUUGGCUGGUGGAUGGUAAAAAGUGGCCUAGAGGAGCCAGAAUCCGAAUAUGUUCAACCAAGGGUUAGCCCCUACCGCCUAGCCACUCAUCUUACAUCUGCAUUUGUUAUAUACGGUGGCCUGCUUUGGACUGGGUUGUCAGUUGUCAUGCCAGAACCACCGACUGGCUCCAUGGAUUGGGUUCGUGGAGCUGCAAAGGUUCGGAAUCUAGCCCUUCCUGUAAGCAUUCUUGUUGGCUUGACUGCGGUUUCUGGAGCCUUCGUUGCCGGGAAUGAUGCGGGCCAUGCUUAUAAUACAUUUCCGAAGAUGGGUGAUACAUGGAUCCCUGAUGAUGUUUUCAGCAUGGAGCCACUAAUUCGCAACUUCUUCGAGAAUACAUCAACCGUGCAGCUUGAUCACCGUAUUCUUGCAACAGCAACGUUGCUUUCAAUCAGCGGUAUGUGGUUGGCUACAAGAAAGUUCGAUAUUCAUCCUGCAGUAAAAUCUAUAAUCGGAAGUACCAUGGGCAUGGCAGCACUUCAGGUUACGUUGGGAAUAUCAACACUUCUGUCAUAUGUUCCAGUUUCUCUUGCCUCAGCCCACCAAGCUGGGGCGCUGACUCUUAUGACGCUCACGAUCCUUCUCACCCAUUCAGUGAGGAAGCCAUCUCCAACACUUCUCAGAUCUUUGUCAUUGCUGCCAAAGUCCACCUCCUAACCUUUGUAUGCAAGGGAUGGUCUGCAAAUAUUAUAUAAUAUGGUUUAUCAGUGGCCGGUAAAUCCAAUGGUUGGAUCAUGGUGGCCUUGCAGAGGGGAGCU